CACCACCCCACCUACCCUCCACUCUGCGCCACUUCCGUUUUCCCCACAUUCCGCAUCUUCCACCCACCGCAAGGCAUUCCGUUCUUUGAAAAGCUUCUUUCUUCCAAGUUUCACUCCAGUCAUCCGCUGCCUUGCAAUCUCCUUUCAGCGUCCCCCCGGCUCUGCCUCGUCUGUUUCUUUGUGCCCUACCCGUUCUGUCCCGCCGGCUCUGUCAAUUAAAUUAAUAUUCUUCCCCUGCUCCCGCGCCUUCCCCGCACCCCGUCCGCCAUACUAGCAAUGGCGGAAUCCGCCAGCGCCUCUUCCGCCGCGCGGGGCUCAGAAGCCAGUAAGCCAGCAGCAUCCUCCUUUUCCGUAGUAACCGUCACACCUCCGCACCCUUCGGGCGUGGAUUCGGCAGCGUCAAAAGCGGCGUCAGUCGCGGCGCCAGUUGCGGCGUCAGUUGCGGUGGAGAUGGAGACGCCUUUAAUCGAUCCGUCGCACUCACUGGGCGGCACUCCACCACCUGGCACGCGCGUGCUGCUGACGAGGACCAGCUCGGACCUCUUCAUCCGCCUGCCACCGCUCCACUGGGCCAAAGCAACGCUCGGCUUUGCGUUUUUCUCUGUCCUGGCGCUGCUGCCACUGCUGCUGCCGCUGAUGGUGCCUGAUGGCGCCACCCAGGAGGGGGACCCCAUGCCUCCCUUCAUGCCUGUUGUCUCUGCCUUGUGCUCGCUGAUGGCAGCUCUUAGUGUGUGUUCAGCGUUCAUGGUGCGCACGAUUCGAAUCGACGGCUGCCAGCUGCUGCACACAUGGCAGCUGUUCGGGUGGAGUGCGGACACAACCAUCCCCACCGCCUCCAUCAUCCGUGUAUCACUCUGCAAAAUGGAGAGGCGGUUCAGUACAAUGUACUUCUGCCGGGUAUCAGCUGCUGACGGGAAGCAGCUUGAGUUUGGCGGCCAUCUAUCGAGAGCCGACAACACGUGGAUGCAGCAGGAGGUGUCCUCGUUUCUGCUUGGCCUGGGCGCGGACUCGAUUACCGCACACGAUUGACAACAAGGCAGUGACGUGACAUGUCAAGCUUACCUCAACAUACACACCAAGUGCGCACUGCACGUGCAACCUUCUAACAGACAUACUGUAGUACUCAUGUAUUGUAUACCUAUUAUUCAUGUGCUGAGCGGACCUGCUGGCACUUUCUCAUGCAAGCUGGAGGAACCUCUCUUGUGGGGCAAGAGUGGGCUCCUCGCUGGUAAUGAGAGGCUAGAAUAGUUCAUGUCUUGUCUGCAUGGAGCCCUGCCUGGGAUGUGCAUUGCAAUUUGCACCUCAGUUGCUUUGUUAUCAUGUCAUGGCUACUGCUUCUCAUG